UCUCCGGGUCAGUCAGUCCCGGUUCUGUUCGGUGUGCUGGCGGUUCCGAGCUCCAGGAUGUUCUGUGAGAAAGCCAUCGAGCUGAUCCGGGAGCUGCACCGGGUGAGCGACGGCCAGCUGCCCGCUUUCAACGAGGACGGAUUGCGGCAGGUUCUGCAGGAGAUGGAGGCUCUGUACGAACAGAACCAGGCUGAUGUGUCUGAGGCCAAGGCCGCCGGCCGCGCUGACCUCAUCCCCUCCAUCAAGCUGCGCCACUGCUGCCUGCUGAGGAACCGACGCUGCGUCGUGGCCUACCUGUACGACCGCCUGCUGAGGAUCCGUGCGCUGCGAUGGGAGUACGGCAGCGUUCUGCCCGCCAACGUCCGCUUCCACAUGUCUGCGGAGGAGGUGCAGUGGUUUGGCCAGUAUAAAAAGUCCCUGGCCUCCUUCAUGCGAUCCAUCGGAGGACAGGAGGGACUGGACGUCACGCAGGACAUGAAGCCUCCAAAGAGCCUCUACAUCCAGGUCAGGUGCCUGAAGGACCACGGUGAGUUCGAGAUCGACGACGGAACCGUGAUCCUGCUGAAGAAGAACAGCCAGGAAGUGGCUUUUGUCCGCAGCACUUCCUGCCACGGUGGAAAUGUGAGCAGCUGAUUCGCCAGGGCGUUCUGGAGCAUGUGAUGUCAUAACCUCCAGGAGACAGAUGGCGUCUCGGCAGCCAUGUUUGCUUUUUUACAAAUAAAGUCGUUUUGUUCCUUC